GAUAAAGUAUACUGCAACAUGCCGACCAUCCUCCUCCUCGGCACCGGCGACACAAAAUGGUCCGAACUCCUCUACCUCCACUCCCAACUAACCUCUAACCCCUCCAUCUCCGUCCUUCUCAUGGACGUCGGCCGCGCCGCCACCUCCUCCCCUCUCAUCAACAUUCCUCAUCCCAGCCUCAACAACAACAAAACAAUCGACUACACCCAACUCUCCCGAAACGACUACAUCCAAACCAUCACCCACCAAUCCACCCCCACCGUCGCCGACCUCUACCACCAUGGCAAAAUCCACUCCAUCCUCGCCAUCGGCGGCAGCUGCGGCACCACCAUCGCAACCGCCAUCAUGCGCGAUGCCCUCCCCAUCGGCUUCCCCAAACUCAUGGUCUCCACCAUGGCCUCCGGCGACGUGGGGCCCUACAUCCAGGAAACAGACAUCACCAUGAUGUACAGUGUCGUCGAUGUAGCGGGUACAAACAGCAUCUUGAAUAGAAUUCUCCGCAAUGCAGCGGCUGCAGGGACCGGCAUGGCCACAUCAUACUGCGACUACCUUACCUCGGAGACUACCAUCGCCACAAACGGACAUACAAAGACAACCCCGAAAGAACAAGAAAAGAAAACCAAAAUUGGCAUCACCAUGUUCGGCGUAACCACCCCCGCGGUCACCCAAAUCCGCAGCUACCUCGAAUCCCACCUUCCCAACCAAUGUGAAAUCUACGUCUUCCACGCCACCGGCUCGGGCGGAAAAGCCAUGGAGCGCCUCAUCCGCGAACAACAACUGGACGCUAUUGUGGACCUGACCACCUCCGAGAUCGUGGAUGAGCUCGCCGGUGGGGUAUUAUCCGCCGGUCCGGGCAGGUUAGAGGCCGCUGCGGGGAGGGGCAUCCCGCAGGUGGUGAGUGUGGGGGCAUGCGAUAUGAUUAAUUUCGGGACGAAGGAUACAAUUCCCGAACGGUUCAAGGGGAGGAGGAUCUAUGAGCAUAAUCCGACGGUGACGAUUGUGAGGACGGAUGAGGAGGAGAAUCGACGAGUCGGGGAGUUUAUUGUGGGGAAGUUGAGGAAGGCGAAGUGGCCCGGGAAUGUGGUGGUGAUGUUGCCCACUGGGGGAGUCAGUAUGAUGGAUGUUCCGGGGAAUGGGUUCUAUGAUGGGGAUGCGGAUGAGGUGUUGUUUGGGACGGUGGAGAGGGGGUUGGAGGGGUCGGGGGUGAGGGUUGUGAGGUCAUCCAACAUGUCCCGUUCCCUCGAAGGCAAAUUCGCCAUCAUCACCGGUGGCUCCCGCGGAAUCGGCGAAGCCAUUGCCCACAACCUCGCCAGCAAAGGCUGUUCUCUCCUCCUAAACUACACCUCGGACAGCUCUCGCGCCCGCACCGAAUCCCUCUGCAACACCCUAUCCACCACGCACAAAAUCACCUGCAUCCCAGUGCAAGCCGACCUCUCCGACCCCGCCCCCGCCGUCAACACCAUCAUCUCCGCCGCCAAAACCCACUUCACCUCGCCCACCACCAACACCCUCACCAUCGACAUCCUAAUCAACAACGCCGGGGUCAGCAAAGACCGUUUCCUCAACGACCCCUCCUCCGGCCCCAUCGACCCCGCCUACUUCAACUGGCACUACACCAUCAACGUGCUCGCCCCGCUGCUCCUCACCCAAGCCUGUGCGGAGUACCUCCCGCGCAAGCCCGCGCACAGCGGCCGCAUCAUUAACAUCUCGAGUAUUUCGUCCUCGCUGGGGUUCACGGGCCAGUCGGUGUAUGGGGGCACGAAGGCGGCGUUGGAGGCGAUGACGAGGACGUGGGCCAGGGAGUUGGCCGAUGUGGCGACGGUGAAUGCGGUGAAUCCCGGUCCUGUUGUGGGUGAUAUGUAUUUUGCUACGGGCGAGGAGUUUUGGAAGCAGAUGCAGGGGUUCCAGGAUAAUACGCCGUUGAGUAAGUUGGUGGAUGGGGAGGAGGCCGUGGAGGAGUUGCUGAGUGAGGAGCAGAAGAGGUUGAUUAGGGAGAAGAUGGGUGGGAGGAGGCCUGCGUUUACGAGGGAGAUUGCGGGCGUGGUGGGGAUGCUUUGUACGGAGGAUGGGGCAUGGUGUACUGGGAGUGUGGUUUGUGCUAAUGGGGGGUUGAAGUUUACUACUUAA